GAUAUCGGGUGUGCUGCUUCGGAGCAAAUAUCGCCUCCAAUAAUCGUAAUAAUAAUACUUACGAAAUAGUUCGAGAGUGCGGGAACAGAUUAUCUGCGAAUUUAUGUGAUUUUUAAAUUAAAUUUGCGGUAUUAGUGGACUCGAAACAUGAUGAGAAAAAAAAAUAAAUGAUUUAUACCGCAAUUUAUGCGAUUAAAAACAAUGACGAUUGUAAUAACGUUCGUUCGAAGGAUUAAAAUGCACUCGAGAGAUAUAAAACUCUUGUGUGGACCAAUAAAUAUCCGAGUAAUAAACAUUAAAAUCGGUGUUAAAAUAAUAUUUCUGCUAAUGGAGUGAACGUAUCCGAACUGCAUGAAGUGCGAAAAAAGAACAAAUUAUAUUACGGUAAUGAUAAUAAAUUUGUUAAUUAUUAUUUUUGCGCCACAUUGACCAAGUUCACAAAUCUUUUUGAGGCGCUUUAUUAGAAUUCAUAAACAAACAACCGAAAAAAUUGUUUAUGCCAACAAAAAAAACACGCGUUGAAUUUAUUACACUGAAGAUAAUGUCUCAGCAAAUUAUGAGAAAGGAAGCAGCAAGCCUAUAAAUUUUCUUACAUCGAAAAAAUAGACUGCAUACAUUUUUAACGAUAACCAUUAAAUGUUGAGCGAACGUAAUAAAAGUGAUAAAUUCACAAAAAAACCUUAAAAAGAAAUGCAAAAAAUGUAAGAGAAAACAAAAAAUGAAAUUUCUGAAUAACAAAACCGACAGUUCGUCAGGCGGAAAUUACGGAAAUUUCGAAGAUUCGGGUGUGUCGGGCGUCGCAACGAGUGCUGAUGUUCAUUCCAUAGAAUACGAUGAGCCGCAUCCCGAGCCUCAAUUGUCGCCAAAUACGCAUCAUUUGCCCACGUGUCAUCACAAAGGGCCCGUCAGCAGGAUUUCGUCAAUUUCCGCUACAAGUACGAGUACGAUAAAGCAACAUUAUUAUCCGGAAGGCGGAUGGGGAUUUAUUAUUGUUGCUGUUUCGACGCUUGUAGCGAUUUUAAAUCAUGGAUUGCAUAUGUCAAGUAGCGUCAUGCUGUUAGGGAUGAUGAUGCGUUUUAAGGAUGUCACGUUAGUUGAUACAGGAUGGGUUGGCGCAUUAUCAGCUGCCGUUGCAUUAUUUAUUAGUCCAAUUACAAUAGGCGUUUGCAAGCGAAAGUCAACAAGAUUAACAGCCGUUAUUGGAGGUCUCGUUACGGCAUUGGGAUGUCUUUUUACGUCGUUUGCAUCGCAAUUCCAUCAACUUUUCUUCAGUUACGGAGGCGUCGUUGGAAUAGGCGUUGGAAUGACACGUGAUUGUUCGACUCUCAUGGUUGCUCAGUAUUUCAAACGACGUCGUGAAUUUGUAGAGAUAUUUAUCGUAUCUGGAAGUGGAUUAGGCAUCUCAAUUAUGUCGGCUUUCAUCAAAAGUGCAAUUGAUUCGAUAGGCUGGAGAUAUGGAUUACAAGCUGUAACAGGCACAGUGUUUGUUACAUUUAUUCUUGGCACGUUUUAUCGUUCAGCAUCUCUGUACCAUCCGCAACGACGUGCCAUAUUGCAUUUGAAAAAUCAAAAACGUAAAAUUAAGGAUAAGAAUAAACACGAUGAUCGUCCGCCGUUUUUCGACUUUAGUACGCUCAAGAGUAAAACGGUGCGAAUUUUGCUUAUGUCUACAGGAAUAAGCUCAUUUGGAAUCAACACUCCAAUAUUUUACCUCGCGCAUCAAGUAACACAAGAAGGACUCAAAGACAACAUUCUUCUUCUGCAAACGUAUUUGGGACUUGCAUGGUGUUUAGGCUGUUUACUCUUCGGCAUGUUAGUUGUACGAAACAGCACAGAAUGUCGCAUCGCUCGUCAAUAUUUGUGUCAAACCGCAAAAUUCAUGUGUAGUCUCGCAAUAUUGGGAUUGACGCUCGUAAACGGAAACAUUCAGGGUUACGUGAUGUUUGCAUGGAUUUACGGGAUUUUUUGCGGCGGAUACAAUUAUGCGCUCAAAAUGUACACUUACGAAAAAGUAAGAGCGAGAAAUUUCGCACGCGCUUGGGGUUUCGUGCAAUUUUCACAAGCAGCUGGAAUCGCAUUGGGAGUUCCUUUGACGGGAUACAUGAAUGGAAAAACGGGCAAAGCAGGUUAUUAUUUUAGUUUUGGAUGCGUUCUUUUGGGAAGCGUCAUGAUGUUCCUUAUUGACCUUCAUCGCAAAAAUGUUUCACGUCACAAACACACACGAGCAAAUGGCACAAGGCAUUUGUGUGUUUCAGAUUCGUGCCCGCAACGAAGAAAACUCUCCUUUUCACAAGAACCCGAAAAUGAACCCGGAUUAUUGGGAACGGGAGCUGCUUUGAUGCUCGGAACAGAUUUGCUGAUGCAACAACAAGGCACCGAUAAACUCGUUGAACCAAUUCUCGGCUUGGAUAAACCCGAACUCACAUGCAUCUCGGAAGAAGGAAUUGCUGAUAUGGAUUUGCCGGAUAACUUUUUGGAUGACAUCGAUUAUGCGGGAGAUUGCAUCACGUCGUGCAACAAAGUCGAAAACUACCUCAUGCUAAGUGAAUUUGAAAAUAAUCUCAAUGCAGAACUCCCGAUCAUCGAAAAACGCGCGACAAAACGCAUGUCAAUGACAAAGGCACGAGCCUAUCUGGCGCAGCAACAAAGUAUUCAGGAACACUCGAACGAAGAUCGUGAAGACUCAGUUUUGGGACAUUCGUGUAACGGCGAACAACCGCAGCUGAAUGGCAAUCGCAUCAUUACCGUGAUUGAGGAAGCGUCGGUUUAAAAUUUUGCGAAUAUUUUUUCGCUCGCAGAGGAAUUGUGUACCUGAUUCUGAUUCUUUCACGCCCCCCGUUUGUGUCAUUGUCAUUCGGAUUCACUGCCAUUUUUUACGAAUUUGACAGUUUUAUGUGCAUUUAAACAAAUACUCAUCCAUAAAAUGUAUUAUUAGAUGUAAGGAACGAACAGAGAACAAUAA